AUGUCCUUAGAAUACUAUCCAUUAGAUCGACAAACUUGCCUCAUCGAUCUUGCUAGCUAUGCUUACACUACUGAUGACAUUAAAUACGAAUGGAAAUUGACAAAUCCGAUUCAGCAAAAAGAAGGAUUACGUCAAAGUUUACCAAGUUUCGAGCUUCAAGACGUUCUCACUGAUUAUUGCACGAGUAAAACAAAUACAGGUGAAUAUAGCUGUUUAAGAACCAAAAUGAUUUUACGACGAGAAUUCAGCUACUAUCUGUUGCAGUUUCUAUUUUUGAAAAUUGAAUGGUAUGAGAAAAAAUUGCAGCUAUACAUACCUUCCCUCAUGUUGGUUAUCGUUUCUUGGGUGAGCUUUUGGCUUGACAAGGAUUCGGUACCUGCGCGAGUUACUCUUGGUGUAACAACUCUUCUAACGAUGACUACGCAAAGUUCUGGAAUCAAUGCUAAACUUCCUCCUGUUUCCUACACAAAGGCGAUAGAUGUUUGGAUUGGUGUUUGUCUAGCAUUUAUUUUUGGUGCAUUACUUGAAUUUGCGUUGGUGAAUUAUGCAGCACGAAAGGAUAUGACUAUUGGACAACGAAUGUUAUCCAAACAUACCAGACAAAUGGAUUACUCAUCAGGUUAUCAACCUUUAGUAGCAACAUCUACAACACCUUCUUACCGGUCUUGGUGGUGUUUCCGGUUAUUUGUACGACGCUAUAAGGAGCGUUCCAAACGAAUUGACGUUGUCUCACGCUUGGUAUUUCCAAUUGGUUACGCCUGCUUCAAUGGUGAAUACAGUUGUGCUCGUGUGAAGCUAUUAUUACGUCGUGAAUACAGUUAUUAUUUAAUUCAGCUCUAUAUACCAUGUAUUAUGCUGGUGGUCGUUUCAUGGGUUUCGUUUUGGCUUGAUAAGGAUGCGGUACCAGCUCGAGUAUCGUUGGGUGUGACAACGUUACUAACUAUGACUACUCAAGCAUCAGGAAUUAAUGCUAAACUUCCACCAGUAUCUUACAUUAAAGCAGUUGACGUAUGGAUUGGAGUAUGCAUGGCAUUUAUUUUUGGUGCUCUACUAGAAUAUGCUUUAGUUAAUUAUCAUGGAAGACAAGAAUUCUGGAAAAAAGAGAAAAAGAAGAGAACUGGUUAUCAGGGUUGUUUAUGUUCUGCAGAUCAAAUUUUUUACCACAAUGUAAGACAACCAAUGCGUUUGAAUACAAAUGUGCAUAGGAGAAGAAAUUGGUGGAGGAAAUUACGAUUGCUAAAAUAUUUAUUCGGUAAUGCUGAUGUUAGCAAACGUGUAGACCUCGUAUCACGCUUUACUUUCCCAACAUUUUUUGCUUGCUUCCUCGGUAAAAUUGUAUUAUUACGUGAAUUACGCGAAAUGAUUGCAUCAAAGGCUCACUGUGUGAUCAGAUUCUAA